GGCCCGUGCGGUGUCGGCCGGGAAACCCCUCGGCGCAGCGCUGAGGGCAGGGGCGGCCGCGGGAGCCGCCAUCGGGGCCGAGCCGGGCCGAGCGGGGCCGAGCCGGGCCGAGCGGGACCGGGCGCGGCCCAUCCUGAAGCGAGCGGGGCGGCGCCGGGCCGAGCGGGCCCGAGCCCCAACCCGAACCGAGCGGGGUCGGGCAGAGCCGAGCGGGGCCGAGUCCUAGUCGAGCCCGAACCAAGCGAGGCCGAGCCCGAGCCGAGCCCGAAGCGAGCGGGGCCCGGGCCGGGUCGAGCGGGGCCGAGAGCAGGAGCCGGGCGGGCGCGCCGCGCUCGCCGAGGGCCGCGGUCGUUGCGGGGCGGGGACCGCGGGCUCGCCACGAUGGAGAGCUGAGGCCUGCCGAGCCCUGAGGCCGCGGCCCGGCCAUGGCGCAGCGCCGCGGGCUCUGAGCGCCGCUCGCCGCCCCAGCGCCGCCGCCCCGGGCCCCGCGGGCCCUGCCCGACCCCCGCGGGCCCUGCCCGACCCCCGCGGCCCCGCCGCGCCAGAGCGGGCGCCGCCCGCGCCCCGCCAUGUCGUGCGUGCACUACAAGUUCUCCUCCAAGCUCAACUAUGACACGGUCACCUUCGACGGGCUGCACAUCUCCCUGAGCGACCUCAAGCGCCAGAUCAUGGGCCGGGAGAAGCUGAAGGCGGCCGACUGCGACCUGCAGAUCACCAACGCGCAGACCAAAGAAGAAUACACCGAUGAUAGUGCUCUGAUUCCCAAGAACUCAUCGGUGAUUGUGAGGAGAAUCCCCAUUGGAGGAGUUAAAGCUACCAGCAAAACAUACGUUAUGACUCCUAAAUCGCACAAAAUCCUAGAAACUACUUUCAGAAGUCGAAGUGAGCCAGUGAGUGGGACAUCAAAAGCAAUUGAUGACUCUUCUGCAUCUAUUUCUCUGGCCCAGCUUACUAAGACUGCCAAUCUGGCUGAAGCCAAUGCUUCCGAGGAGGAUAAAAUAAAAGCUAUGAUGACACAGUCUGGCCAUGAAUAUGAUCCAGUCAAUUACAUGAAGAAACCCGUGGGGCCACCUCCACCCUCCUACACCUGUUUUCGCUGUGGCAAACCUGGGCACUACAUAAAGAACUGUCCGACAAAUGGGGACAAAAAUUUCGAGUCUGUUCCCAGAAUUAAAAAAAGCACAGGAAUUCCAAGAAGUUUUAUGAUGGAGGUGAAGGACCCCAACACAAAGGGUGCCAUGCUGACCAACACUGGGAAAUAUGCAAUUCCAACCAUAGAUGCGGAAGCUUAUGCCAUAGGAAAGAAGGAGAAGCCUCCCUUCCUACCUGAGGAGCCAUCCUCCUCCUCAGAAGAAGAUGAUCCUAUUCCAGAUGAGCUGUUGUGUCUCAUUUGUAAGGAUAUAAUGACGGAUGCGGUUGUUAUUCCCUGCUGUGGAAACAGUUACUGUGAUGAAUGUAUUAGAACAGCACUGCUGGAGUCCGAGGAACACACAUGCCCUACCUGCCAUCAGACAGAUGUUUCUCCUGAUGCUUUAAUCGCCAACAAGUUUCUGCGCCAGGCUGUCAACAACUUCAAGAAUGAAACCGGUUACACAAAAAGGCUCCGUAAGAUUCAGCAGCAGCAGCAACAGCAACAGCAGCAGCAGCUGCCGCCGCCCCCGCCGCCACCGCCGCCGCCGCUGAUGCGGCAGACGAUCACGCGCACCCUGCAGCCGCUGAUGCGGCCGGCCAUGGCCCGCCAGCAGGACCCGCUCAUGAUCCCGCUGGCCUCGCUGGCCUCCCGCUCCGCCCUCUCCUCCCUGGGCCCCGGGCCCUCCAUGGCAGCUGGGCUGCCCGUCAAUCCGUCUUCUGUGGUUGUCUCCGAUCUCCCUCCGGCAGUGUCCCUCUCUCUCCGUGGGGAAAAGCCAGAUGGACCUUUUCGUGAUGCCGAUGCUGUUUUGCCUCCUGCUCUGAUGACUGCGGCUGAGCUUUCCAAAUCUUCCCCUUUGUCAAUCAGCAGUUUGUUGGAAGAGAAGGGCUAUCAGGUUCCUGUACUGAGACAGCCAGCAAUACCAAGUCUUCUGGGCCCUCAAGGACAAUCAAUACCUACAACUGGUCAUCCAAUGAGAGCUGGUGCACUUCGCAGGCCAGGCUGGGAGCUUUCAAAUCGAGGACGCCCGCACAGUGACCGUGCCCAAAGGACUCAGGCCCCAUCACUGCCAGCAUCAGCACCAGUCUUUGUGCCUGUGCCUCCACCUCCCUUGUAUCCUCCACCACCCCAUGCUCUUCCUCUUCCUCCGGGGGUACCACCACCACAGUUUCCUCCUCAGUUUCCACCUGGGCAGCCUCCAUCCGCUGGGUACACUGUCCCCCCUCCCGGAUAUCCCCCAGCUCCUGCAAACAUGUCAUCAGCUUGGGUCCCAACAGCAGUGCCAGCGGCUCAUUCAAACACCAUCCCAACGACACAAGCACCUCCUCUCUCUAGGGAGGAGUUUUACAGAGAGCAACGGAGGCUUAAAGAGGAGGAAAAGAAAAAGUCCAAACUUGAUGAGUUUACAAAUGAUUUUGCUAAGGAAUUGAUGGAAUAUAAAAAGAUUCAAAAGGAGCGUAGGCGUUCGUUUUCCAGGUCCAAGUCUCCCUAUAGUGCUUCAUCUUACUCUAGAAGCUCAUACACCUACUCCAAGUCACGCUCAGGUUCGUCGCGCUCCCGCUCCUACUCGCGCUCCUUCAGCCGCUCCCACUCGCGCUCCUACUCGCGGUCGCCGCCCUAUCAGCGACGAGGCAAAGGGAAGAGUCGGAACUACCGCUCCCGCUCGCGCUCGCACGGCUACCACCGCUCGCGCUCCCGCUCGCCCCCGUACCGCCGCUACCACUCCCGCUCCAGGUCUCCGGUGUUCCGGGGCCAGUCCCCCACCAAACGGACGGUCCCGCAGGGCGAGGCCGAGCGCGAGUACUUCAACCGCUACCGAGAGGUGCCCCCGUACGACAUGAAGGCCUACUACGGCCGCUCGGUGGACUUCAGAGACCCCUUUGAGAAGGAGAGGUACAGAGAGUGGGAGAGGAACUACAGAGAGUGGUACGAGAAGUUUUACAAGGGCUAUGCUGUGGGCGCUCAGCCACGGCCUCCAGUGAGCAGAGAGAACUUCUCUCCAGAACGGUUUGGCCCACCUGGGACCAGACGAGAGAAUUCACCGUAUGCUCGGGGACGGAGGGAGGAGUAUCCUGCUGGGCAGAGCCACAGGAAUCGUAAUGUAGCGGGAAACUACCCUGAAAAGCCUGGGAGAGAGAGCCAUGGCAUCAAAGAUCCUACAAAAUCAAAAGAGAAGGAGGUGGAAAAUCCACUGGGAGAUGGAAAAGGCAAUAAACAUAAAAAACACCGGAAGAGAAGAAAAGGGGAUGAGAAUGAAGGAUUUCCCAACGUUGAGCUGUUAGAAGGGGCAAGAAAACCAAGAGAGCCAGUUCCAGCAGAAGAUGCUAAAGCAGACUCUCUGUUCAUGCUGCCAAGCAGGGAUGAUGCCACCCCUGUCAGGGAUGAGCCUAUGGAAGCGGAUUCCAUUGCUUUCAAACCAGUGUCUGAAAAGGAGAAAAAAGAGAAGGAUAAGCCAAAAGCAAAGGUUGAGAAAACAAAGCGGAAAGUAGAAGUGGUGGCUGCUCCAAAGAAAGAGAGCGUAGCAAAGCCAGCUAAAGCUUCCCAGGAAAAGGUGGACCCCGAUCGCGAAAAAUCUCCUCGAACGGAGCCUCCUGUGAAAAAAGUCAAAGAAGAGCUGCCAAAAACAGACAGUGUUAAAACCUCUUCCUCUCAGAAGGAUGAGAAGGCUCUUGGUACACCACGGAAGGCUCAUCCCAAAGUGACAAAGGACCACCCAGAAACCAGACCAGCCAAGGAGGAGAAGGCAAAGAAAGAACACCCUAAAGAAGCCAAGGCAGAGAAGCCCUCCAGCAAGGAGGAGAAGUCAAAGAAACCUGCUGAGAAAAGCAAACUUUCUGAUGCCAAACUUGAGAAAAGGAAAAGAAAAGCAGAGGAAAAGGCCGAUAAAGAACAUGAGGCCACUUCUGCAAAGGCCUAUAAACCUGAAAGUGCAGAAUUGAAAACAUCACCCAAGGGGAAGGCUGAGCCCGAGGGGGAGAAAGGAGAGCGGACCCCAGAAAAGGAUAAAGCUGCUUUUCUUAACAACCCGUCCAAAAAGAUUAAACUUAACCGAGAAACUGGAAAAAAGAUUGUGAGUGGAGAAAACGUGCCACCUGGAAAAGAAGCUGUGGAGAAACCUGAGCCCAGCAGCAGCAAAGUUAAAGCAGAAAAAACAAAGGGAAAAGCAAGGAGGAAAGUGACAGCAGCUGAUGGCGCCAGCUCAACUCUUGUGGAUUACACCAGCACGAGUUCCACUGGGGGAAGCCCUGUCAGGAAGCCUGAGGAGAAGCCAGACACCAAACGAACUGUCAUUAAGACCCUGGAGGAGUAUAACAACGACAUAACAGCCCCUGCUGAGGAUGUCAUUAUCAUGAUCCAGGUCCCUCAGUCCAAGUGGGAUAAAGAUGACUUUGAGUCUGAAGAGGAAGACAUCAAAUCCACCACCCAGGUGCCCCCAACUGUAGGAAAACCAACCAGUGUUAUCAAACCUGUGAGUGCAAAGGCACCAAACCCCCUCAAACACACUGAAAAGGAGACAGAGCCUCUGGAGAAAAUACAGAAGGCUGCAAAAGAGACAAGUUAUGAGAGCACCCAACACGAUGCCAAGAGUUCAAAAAGUUCCUUGUCAAGUGAAAAAGGUAAAACCAAAGACCGGGAUCAUUCUUUGUCAGACAAGGACAGUUCUGAGAAGAGGAAGAGCAGUGUUCAGCCAGAAAAAGAGCACUCAGAACGCACAGUUGAACAAGGAAAUGGAAAAACUGUAUCUCAGUCUUCUAAAGAUGGCAGAUCUUCAGAGAAGCAUGACAGUGGCCGUGGCUCCGCUGCGAAGGACUUCACUCCCAACCGGGACAAGAAGUCUGACCACGAUGGCAGCAGGGAGCAUUCGAGUUCCAAGCGCAGAGAUGAGAAGAGUGAAUCAACGCGGAGGAAAGACUCCCCAUCCCGGAUCAGAGACUCCACAGCAGUGCAGAAGAGCAAACCCAGAGAGGAGCGUGCGGAGCCGCCCAAGAAGGGCCCUGCGGAGGCCAAGCGGAGCAGCUACAGCCCCCCGCGGGAGCGCAAGCCCGCCGAGCACAAAGCCGUGCACGAGCCCAAGCGCCCCGCUGAGGAACACAAACCGCCGGACAAAAACCCGGGCAAGGAGAAGGAGAAAGAGAAGGAAAAAGAGAAGCAUGUCCCAGAAGUCAAGAGCAAUAAGGAGAAAGAGCCAGGUGGGAAUAAGCCACCGGUGAAACAGGGCUCGCCAGAAGUUAAAGUGGAGAAGGAGAACGUGGCGGGUCAGAGCGACAAAGGCGCGGCGAAGCCCAAGCCGCCGGCGAGCAGCGCCGCGCGCCUCUCGUCCGACCUCACCCGCGAGACCGACGAGGCCGCCUUCGUGCCAGACUACAACGAGAGCGACAGCGAGAGCAACGUGUCUGCAAAGGACGAGGAGGCUGCGGGGAAAACGCCCAAAGAGGCAAAGGAAAAGGCUGUGGAUAAAGCAAAGGAGGAGGCGGCGGCCCCGGCUCCCGCCGAGCAGCCAGAGGUGGGCAGGAGCCAGAGCCAGAGCAGCCCCAGCGUCAGCCGCAGCCGCAGCCACAGCCCCUCCGAGAGCCAGACACGCAGCCACAGCAGCAGCGCCAGCUCAGGGGAGAGUCAGGACAGCAAGAAAAAGAAAAAGAAGAAAGAGAAGAAGAAGCACAAGAAGCACAAGAAACAUAAGAAGCAUAAGAAACACAUGGGAAAUGAAACAGAAUUGGAAAAGAGCCAAAAACACAAACACAAGAAGAAAAAAUCGAAGAAGAGCAAAGAUAAAGAGAAAGACGACCAAAAAGUGAAAUCUGUCACGACAUAAACCGACAGAUAGUGAAAAAAUGACUUAAUUACUAAGUCAUCUGUAUGAUCUUUGUUAAAAUGUAAACGACUUCAAGCGUUGUAAAUAAUGACAUGAAAGACCCUGUGCUGCACUUAAAAUAUUGCUGCUUGAUUAUUUGAUUUUUACAUCAGAGCUUUAUAAAAGUGAACAUUUUGUACAGAAUUGUGAGUUGUGACCAUGUAACAUGAAAGGUUUUGCUGGGGCAUCUUCUUUUUAACCACCGUUAAUUAUUUUGGGUGGAGUUUACUGUACUGUGAAGAUUUUCACAUUCGGGUUUUUUUUAAUUGCCUGGCAGAAGCAGCUGGUACCAGUUACCAAAUACCAGCGGAUAAAAUGCAGAAUACAUUACAGCCCUGUUAUGUCACUUUUUGAUUACAAUAAAAAAAGUUUUCAAUAAAUGA